GGUUGAGUCGUGAGUCGGUCUCGGUACCAGUCCCAGUCGGGCCGAGUGCGACCCGUCACGCGCACCGCUCCACGCCGCGUGCUCGAAUAUAACCGAAACAUUCGAAAUUCGAAUAAAGCCGCGGUAAAAGUUGUGACAUAAUUAUUGUGUACAAGUGUCAGUUUAGUGUGGGACGUCGGCCGUAGUAAAAUUCAGUGUUUUCAUUUUUGUUAACAAAAGUGUGUCAUGUUAUUCUCCGUAACAUAUUGAUAACGGAAAGAGACGAUCUUAGUGUUGUGUAAUAGUGAUGGUGUUUAUCUGCGAUGCCAGAUUGGCGAUACAACGUUCUGUCGACGAGCGAGGCUUAUUUAGACGCCGAAGGGGGUCCGCCUCGCGAUCCUUUCGCCGCUAGCUAUCCACGUCGCGCCGACCGCUCUCGACCGCUACAUACUUGCCCAUAUACCACCAUAUUCCUUGGGACGCGUACACAUGUUCCUUAUCGCUUAACGCCCCUGCAAAGCGAAAAUGGAGAUCCUUAUGCUGAUGCCUAUUCUGUCGAUCGUUCUUCAAACCUAACAGACACAUCGAGCUUCGCGCGCUAUGAAGAUUGUCGCUCUCAGUUGGAAAGUUCAUUAACGCCGAAAAGAGAACUCCCUGAUAAACCAGCUGAUGGGAAUAUUACUUUACAAGUACAAAAAGUACCGUACACUACAGGCGUUUUUUAUGUAGCGGCUAAAACUGAUACCAAUAAGGAGGUGCAGAGCAAUAAUAUAUUUCCCACUGACGUGUCAGAUUCAGACGCCUUAUCUUCCUGCACUUGCGAUAGUUUUGAACGAUGCGAGUUCGAUUGUAGGGAUUUUGAACCCUUCUCAGAUACAUGCUGUUGUGAUCCUCUCAGCGAUGGAGUGUGCAGUCGCAGUCCUAAAGAUGUCGACUCUCCCGAACACUUUUGUGAUCGAAUCGUUGAAGAAGAUCGGGUAUCAACUCGCAGUGAUAUGGAUGGUCUGGAUUUAGCUCUUUUUGAGCCAGCGCAGACUGACUCUAAUGAAUGUGGAGAUGAAUCUUCAGACCAAAAUUCGGCAGCAGCAGCAGUGUCCGUUUGCGGUGUGCUGUAUUCGCUACCUUACAUAGAAAAUGAUGCAGCGACAAGCGCGGUGGCCGGUGCGGCGGUCGGCGUGCCGCAGUCCUGGGAGCCCUUCUACUGCGUGUUGCAGCAGGAGAGGCGGACCUUCUCUGCGUACACUAGUGAAGACUUGGCUGCUGCCAAUAACAACGGAGAAUACGCGACUCGAAGCCUACCUCGAGUGAGAAUAGAUGGAGGCAACACAGCCGGUAACGGAGUCCGGUUACGAUGCUGGGCUGCACCGCCUUCUAUUACAGAAGAAGAAGCCGAAGAUGAUAUCGAAGAAGAUGCCAUUUCAUUACGGGCUUUACCGUCGCAAGACACAUCCUACGAGAAGGCAUGUCGGCGAGGCUCUGCCCCCAGUACGCCGGUGCCGGGCGCGCAGGCCCAGCACAGCCCGUCGCGGCUCGCUUCCUUCUUCUUCUCCAAGAGGUCCUUCCGAAGCAACCCCCUCAAGAGAACAAAGUCCGCUACCAAGCUCGAGAGGGAGCGAGCGCAGGCCGCAGUACCGACCCACCCGGCGUCGCAUGCUUUACGGACCUCAAGAUCUCAUGAAAGUCUGCUGUCUGCACACUCCCCGGCUGUGUCGACUAUGGAUCUCGGACCUCCUAAUCAGGUUGAAAUCCGUGCGUUACACUCAUCGGUGUUGGGCAGGCCGCACUGCUUCGCGCUGAGUGCGGAGAACCGAGCGCCGCGCUACUUCCGGUGCGCGUCGCGGAAAGAGCGGGACCGAUGGAUCUACAGUUUGCGGCAAGCGGCGCGGCCAGACGAGACGCGCGUGCGGCGCUGCGAGAGGACGGUCAAGCUGUGGCUGCUGGAGGCCAAGGCCAUACCACCCAAGAAACGAUACUACUGCGAAAUACUGCUCGACGACACUUUGUAUGCGAGGUCGUCGUCGAAGCUGAAGUCGGAACUGUGCUUCUGGGGCGAGGUGUACGAGUUCAGCGCGCUGCCGGCCGUGCGCGCCAUCCACGUCAACGUGUACCGCGAGCCGGAGCGACGCGCGCGCAAGCGGGACAAGCACGCCCUUGUUGGCACGGUACGCAUCCCGGUCGACGACGUAUCGUCGCGAUACCUCAACGAGCGGUGGUACCCGGUGAGCGAGGGCGACAAGCCGCAGUCGCCGGGCCGCGCGCCCGCGCCGCUGCCCGCGCUGCGCAUCAAGUGCCGCUACCAGUGCGUCGACGUGCUGCCGCUCGACCACUACGCGCGCUUCCUCGACUACCUCAAGAAGAACUACCGCCGCCUCUGCGAGUACCUCGAGCCCGUCAUAGGAGUGAAAGCCAAGGAGGACAUCGGCUGCGCGCUGGUGCUGUGCAUGGCGGGCGCGGGGCUGGCGCCGCGCUACCUGGCCGACGUGGUGGCGCUGGACGUGCGGCGCACCGGCGACCACUCGCUCACCUUCCGCGGCAACUCGCUCGCGACCAAGAGCAUGGAGGCCUACCUCAAGCUGGUCGGCGACCAGUAUCUGCAGGAUACCCUGGGGGAGGCGGUGGCGGCGGCGGCCGGGUCCAGCGGCACGGACUGCGAGGUGGAUCCUCUGCGGGCCGGCAGUGGGGCGGCGCUGCGGCGACAGCAGGCCGCCCUGCGCGACACCGUGACGCUCGCGUGGCGCGCCAUCGCCGCCUCCGCGCCGCGCUUCCCGCCGCCGCUCAGAGACUGCUUCGCUACCUUCCGCGAGAGGUUGACGUCAAUGGGCCGAGAAGAUAUAUCGGAUAACUUGAUCAGCGCUUCCAUCUUUCUACGCUUUCUAUGUCCCGCUAUUCUCUCUCCAAGUCUUUUUGGAAUUAUUCACGAAUACCCCAACGAGCGCGCGGCGCGCAAUCUGACGCUGGUGGCGAAGACGCUGCAGACGCUGGCCAACUUCACGCGCUUCCAGGGCAAGGAGGCUUUCAUGGAGUUCCUCAACGACUUCCUGGAACAAGAAGCGCCCAACAUGAAGGCUUUCCUUAGAGCAAUAUCUACGCGACCGCAGGGACAACAGCACCAACAGUUGGUGCAGUCGCAACAACAAUCCGACGGCAGCAAACGCAACUCUUCAGCAUCACAAGGCUCUGCAGCAGGGUCAGAGAGCUCCAAGAACGAGAUGGCAGUGGAGGCGGACCCCGAGUGGGCCCCGCACGUCGACCUCGGCAAACAGCUCGCCACGCUGCACGGUCUGUUGGCUGACAGCUUGCCCAAACUGCCGGCAGGGAAAAUUCAGGAAUUGGACCCAUUGUCUGAAAUUCUGGACGAUUUAAGUAAACGACUGAUGAGUAAUGACAAUGGACCGCCUGCGCCAAUGGGUGAAAACAUCUUUAGAUUUAAUGACCCUACAUGCAACACGCCGACUAAACCGAAUACAGAAGCCACAACAAAUGGUCCAGUUAACAAUAAUUUCGCGCACAGCUCACCCAUAAUGAACAAAAACGGCGUCCAAUUUAACAUAAGUCCCUCAAAGUCCAACGCUGAAGAAUCUAAAUACAAAGGGUCUUAUGUGACUGUCUCAAAAUCGCCCAGCUUCAAUUUACGCUCAGCGACGCUCCCAAGAAAUGGAUACGGAUCGAGUCCGGUCAGUCAGAACGUCAACCCAGGCAGAUACAGCUCUCAAUAUAAUAAUCAAGAACAUUGCGUCAACUUGAAAGUCGUUCAAAUUGGCUUCGGCUCAGAUCAGUACCCUAAAGGCAUAAGCAAUGGUUUGAACGAAAGCUUGGAGAGAAGGUUCCAGGAACGAUACAAACCAAACUUUAAUCAGCAACAAACGCAUUACCACAAUUCCAAUUACAACAGCACCGAAAGAUCCCCGAGCAGUGAUAGUAUCAACCAUAAUUAUUGCGCCAACGAAAUGCAAAAUAUCAUCAAAGAAACUUCGACGCUAGACGAAUUGUCAGAUCUCUUAAAAUAUGCCGACGAUUCUGAUAUAGUUGAUGAAAAGAUUAUGAACAAGAAAAACAUAACGCAAUCUAAAUCGAACAACAAUAACGUUAUUAAUGGCAACAAGAAUACUUAUACAAACAACGGCUCAAAUGUUUCCAUCAGUGGGUUGUCGAACGUUGCAAGUUCUGGAUACCAGAGCAUCGCGACGUAUAGCCAAAGUUCUAGUCCCAUCGAAAACACAACCCACCACCACCAACCUUACGAGAACGGUGGGCAACCUAUGAGCCGUUACUCACAGCUAAACUACCAAAAACAAAGAGAUAAGCAGUAUUACGAUAACAAAAAUGAGAAAUUUUAUCCAAAGAGCCCAGUGCAACAAAAAAUUGAAUACGAUAUUCAGAAAUAUGGUAUCCAAAAUUUCACAACCGCCGAUAACGUUCAAAGCAACACGAACGCCAACACAAAAGUUGCUCCCUUAGUUUUUACAAACCCCGUUUACAAUAUGGAUGACAAUCGACAGUCGCAGGAAAUCAAGAAGACCAAUGAAAACAGAAACUCCAAGCGUUGUCCGUGUGGCUCGUCCAGUUCAUCCAUCGAUGAGGAGGGAUUGAGCACAGACAACGUGGAGACCAAUUCUGAAGAAGGUUCUACGAAUUUCAACGACGACAGUAGAAAUUAUGACCAACAGAAUCGCAACGCCACCCACCGAAAACUCACCAGAGAUAACUGUAAUUACGAAGACUUGUAUCAGAGGAGUAAUAACAACCACAAUCACUCGCCUAGGAUUAGAGAUGACGAAUCCUCAAGUAAUUCGCCAAGCUUAAGGAAAAGUAGCAAAACGAGGAUGCCAAGAACGAAUCCCAUGCUGUCUUACUCCACUAAUCAAAAUCAACUGAACUUAAAACACUUCGGCCAACGAGGGGAAUCGUUAUACGAAAGUAAACCGCACCACAUUUCAACGGACUCCGGGUAUCCAAUGAGCAGAUCUGACUCCAACGUUGAAGAAGUUAACAAAGAGAUGUACCGGUUACAAAUAUCGCGGAGUCAAAAAGCCUUGUACAAUAUGGAAAACUCUAAAAAUUCACCAGAAAAGUUCAUGACAGAAAACUCAAUCCCGGAAAAGAAUUAUCCUUUGGAUAGGACGUAUUCAGGAGCGAAAUUAUCCAGUAGUAGAAUUAAUGAGGAUAUGGAAAGGCAUCAGGAUUACUAUGGAGUUCGAGAAAAGAGAGAAUCGCCCUCGCGGAUGUUUAGUCGAGAGUCGCAUUCUAGUGAAGCUAGUGAAAGGGUGCCCGUGAGAAAUGAGAGGGAAUUGCCGGUAAGAGAAACCAGAGAUAAACUGCAGAGGCGGCUUAGCCUGGAGUCAGCGAGAGAGUUGACAGAUAGCUCCGACGAAAUAGAUGACACUCUGUACAGUACAACCGGGCGACGACGAACUAAACACCACAGAACCAUUGAGCAGUAUGAACGUGAAAUAGAGAGGCUAAAAAGCUCCGUGGAACUUCUUCGAGGACGUUUGGGACCAACUGACUCUGGUCAAGAUCACACAGAUGCGAAGAUGAAGGCUAUUAUUUCAAGAUUAAUCUGCGUAGAAGAAGAGUUAAGGCGGGAACAACGCAAGAUGGCCGCCGCGCUGUCGCACAAACAACGCGUGAUCGAGGCACAGGAGCAUCGCAUCGCAGCGCUGGACGAAGCCAACACGCGCCUCCUGUCCGCGCUCGUGCACCUCCAGCAGCGCGCCCCGCACCCCGCGCCCGCGCACCCCGCCAAUCACAACCCGUCCCACUCCCCCCACUCGCAACAUUCGCACCAGGAACUGCAGAUUUGAAAGAGAUAGAUAUACUUCCAUAGGUUACAAGUAUGCACCCAUGUGCUGGUAAGAGACAAAGUAUUUUAUGCGUCAACGAUUAUUUCGUACUAUAGAUAUGUUACGUGCCCACAAAAUUUAGUUACUCUUCUGAGCGCACACAUGCAAAGUUUUUUGUUUACUUACUUUAUAUAUUUAUGUAUAGGUACAAAGUUUUUACACUUCUUGAAUACACAACUCGACAUUGUAGACAAUAUUUAGCUAUUAUUUGUUUAAAUAACUUUCGUAGUUUACGUUAGUUUACCAAACGAAAUUAAGACAACUAGCCAUCUUUGUCUGCCUCAGUUUCGACGCGUUAGUGACAUAUCUAGUAGUAUAAAAUCUUUGUUAUACAUAGACUAUUUCAGUCUCCAAAACUCAGGUCCCGUAAAUGAGAAGUUUAUUCGUGACGUAUUCAAGAUAAAUUAUCGCAUACGAUAAUGGGACCGCUCUGCCGCACUGCCAACAAAAUCUCAAAUUCUAAAUUAGGUACUCAAGUAGAUCUAAGUGCUGCAGAUUUAAAAAACAACAAAAGAAUAUGCAGAAAAAGUGUUGCCAGUGAUAUUAUAUGGUUUUUGAAGUAAGUUAAUACUGCCAUCAGAUCUAAUUAAUUCUUUUUAGAAACGUUUCUCGUAUUUCACUUUAGCCUAGUUGCAGUUGAUUGGUUAUUUCAGUAUUCAAUGGCUUAUUCAGCUUUUACAUUAUUCGUAACUACAAUAUAUAGAUAUAUCUUGAACCAUUUAUUGAAUAGUCUCUUAUACUUACAUUAUUUGAACUUUAUUAAUAAAAUUUUGCACAAACAAUUAAUAUUUAUAUUAUAUAGAUUCAUUGACGACUUGCAUUUUGAACUGUAUUUUCAUCUUAAUUUUAGCGUACCUACUAUUUACGCUUGUAUUUUGGAGUAAUUUAAUUUUUUAAAAUUGUUAUUUGUAAUUGAAAUUCACAACGGUUUUCUGCCAUUUAUGUAUUUUUUUGUUAAAUGUUGUUUCUUUAGUUUUAAUGUAAAAUGCUUUAACUGACAUUAACUUUUCGUUCUAUAUCAGUAUUUUGUAUGAUUAAUUCUGGUUUAAUUUUUACACACGUGACAAUGUUUGUUUUGUUUUUGUAACAAUGAUACCAAAGACGUUGAAUAUCCCUAUAGAUGGAGUAGACACUAGUCAAAACAGGUUUAUUGGAUUUUGCAAGACAAUAAAUAUCUUUACGUUGGCAACAUUAUAGAUUGUCUAUGAUAUUAGAUUUCCCACUAAAGUGUAUUGACUAGUGUGUACUCUUUUAUUUGAAUAGAGUAAUUGUAGUGGGAUAUAAGCACCCGUUUUAACCUCUAGCGUUAUAUUUUAAAGUGUUAUAGAUUUUAUAUUAAUGUAAGACUUGUAUAAUAUUGUGUAGCGAAUACGCCUAUAUGUAGUGAACCGAUAUUGCAAAGAGAAAUAUUUUUAAUACCUUUCGAGUAUUAUAGUGUGAAUGUAGAAUAAAAAUAAAUACAGAUUAGGCACCAACCAUUGAAUCAAUUUUGAGUAUUUUGGAAAUGCUCUGAACAAAUUCAAAAAUAUUUACGUUUUUUUAUGUAAUUUGUUUUAUAUAUUGCAAUUUAUAUGGAUACGACAACUUAGUUGUUUUUCAGUGAAAAAAUAUUUUAAGCCAUAUCUUUGUAUAAUACCUAAAUAGGUAUAUUAUUAUAAUAUACUUAUCACAUUAAAUUAUGGAUAAACUGCGUA